AUGAUGAUGAUGGGCCGUGUGAUGUGUGUGUUGGCCGUUGUGCUGUGCUGUGCCUGCGGGUAUACCAUGACGGCUGCUGCUGAUCCUGCAGAGAAACCGCCUGAGAAGAGCGGAGGUUAUGUUUCACCUGAUAGGGGUCAUGCGGAAUGGGAUGAUUUUCCCACAAGAACUAAAGAGGUUAAGUGGGAUUCUUGGUAUUGGAAUGUACCUGAGACGACUACCGGUGUAAGGAAUCAAUCGACAAAUCAAGAGGAAGCACAUCACUCUGGUGGAGCAAGUGGGUCUGGAGGUCACUCUGGUAAUGGAGGUGUUGUUGUAGGGAGUGGUGAACCGCAAGCGGCUCACGUGGAGCGCGCAAGUCCUGGAAAAGGACCGAGCGAAACGGCAGCCAUACCAGAAGCAAAAGAUGGUGUCACUACAACAAAAAACCAAUCUCAAGGUUCAUCUGCAGCAUCACAAGAUGAUCAAGGAGCAUCGAGCAGCACAGAUGAUAACAGUACACCAGUCAACUCUAAUCUUAACCAGCAACCUUCUGCAACUGUUGAUACGACUGCCGUACCAGACUCACCAGAAACCAAUUCCACUACUCCGCCGAGCUCCGAGAAUACUACCACAGCACCACCAAGUACUCCAUCUCCUUUACCCAACGCAGAGAUCAGCAGCAACACUAUUGCUUCCACAGUGCAUAAGAAGGCCAAUGUUGACAGCAGUGUCAGUCCUGUGUGGAUGCGCACUGCAGCACCGCUGCUGAUUGUGGCUGUAUUCUUCUCCGCUACCGUGUACUGA